GUUUCGACCGGCCGGCGAGCCGAGCAGCGGAGGCCGCUAGCGCGCUGGCGUCCGGAUCUUCGGUGCCAUUCAAAGCGAAGCAGCUGAUGUGAGCGCAGCCCGUGCCUCCGUGCCCGUACCGCCCGUACUCCCGAACCGCAGCUAGCGCAGUCGAGUCGCGUCGCCGUCGAGCAAGUUCCUGGUCGAGUCUUUAGCUAGGCGCAAGGUGUCCUGUGAGCCAGUCUGGCAGAGUGUCGUUCCCCGUGGAUUACCUACGAUCUCUCUGCAGCCUGCCGCGGGCCCUUGCAACAGCAGUGGUCGGAGCGACUAUGAGUUCGCUGUGUGGUGGUGUUAGUGAGUGCGCGGUCGUGUGUCUGUGCGUCCCGAUGCGCGAUACCCUGUUUCCUCGCCCCUGGUGCUACAUUGACGAUGUGGUGCUGUAGUGCGUGUUGAAGUGACUGUCAUCUGGCAUCCUCGAGGGUGUCAAGUUUUUCCAGUGUGGAACCCGCCGUGCUUUGAAUCGUGAAAGUGUCGGUCCGCCGGGAUCUCGGUGCUUCCGCGAUAGGCCGGCGCGCCCUGCUGUUCAAGCAACCCGCCGCGGUGGUGGUGCGGCCGGGAGUGAUCGUCGGCCCCGGAGGAGGUCGCGUUAUCGCCCUCGGCGGCGUCAGCGGCGUCAGCGCCACCGGCGUCGUCGGCCCACUGCCACGCCGCGUGUACCGGCGCCAGUGGAAGCCGUACCAGCGCAACCCGACCACCAUGUCGACGGGCAAGAGGUUGGCCAAGCGCUCCAUCAUCGGCACGCGCGUGUGCGCGCCGGGUGACGACGGCAAGUACUACGCCGGCGUCAUCCACGCCGUCAAGACCCCCGCGGCCGUGCUGCCGGGCGGCGACGGCGGCGGCCAGAGCGACGAGACGCGCUACUCGGUGCGCUUCGACACGGCCACCGCCUCCAAGCAGCAGCGGCUCACGUUCCGACGCGAGUUCCGCGAGUCGGAGCUCAUCGGCCCCGGCUUCCGCAGCGUGACCGGGUGCCACCUGCAGCCCGAGCAGCGCGCCUACCUCACCUUCAACGGCAGGGAGGUGGCCGGCGAGGUGCGCUCGCACGACACCCUCCGCGACGAGGUGGUGGUCACCAUCUGGCCCCCGGGCCACGAGGGCUCCAUCGACCUCAAGAAGCGCCUGGACGAGGUGCGCCUGCUCGAGUCCAGGAAGUCGGCCCGCCUCGCCGACUCGGACACAGACUUCGCCCGGCUGGCCGACAUGGGCACCGGGUCGGAGCGCAAGCGGGCCUCCUCGCACAGCAUUGACGUGCCCUCCGUGCAUGGGUCGCGGAAACGGCGGCCCAGCGCCUCCCACGACGAGGGCCUGGACAGCGGCCUGGGCCUGGGCGGCAUGGGCAUGGUGGGCAUGGGCGAGGCCGUGCCGCGCGGCAUGAUGGACGAGUGCACGGCCGCGCUGGUGCUCAUGAGCCUGUCCUGCAGCCCGCACUCGCCCGGCGUCAACUCGGGCGUGUCCUGGUCCGAGAGGCUGUCCCCGUCGCCGUCCUCGGACGCCUGUUCGUGGCGGUCGGGGACGCCGUCGCCGCCCCUGUCCGAGCCCGGCUCCUGCUACUGGGCGCAGGGCACCACCGACGAGGGCAUAGUCAUAGACCACUUUGAAGACAUCCCCAAGAAGAAAAAGGCGACCCGCAUGGUGUUCCAGUGCACGUGGCCGGGGUGCCUCUACCUCACGACGACGUGCGCGUCCAUCGAGAGCCACGUGCGCAACUCGCACCUCGGGCCGCGGCAGAACCGCGAGGCCGGCAAGGACGCCGAGGACGGCGAGUCGGACGACCUGAGCGACCACGAGGAGGAGUUCUACUACACCGAGGUGGAGCUGGGCCUGCACACCUCGUCGCCCCCCACACUGUCGCACCGGGACAUGGCGCGGCCCCCGCAUGAGGACCCAGAGUACCAGAAGCAGCUGGCCAACGCCGCCGUUCUGAAGGGCUCCUUCGCCCUGGGCACCAGCCCCGGCGUGUCCUCCAUGACGUCCAGCGGCCUCGGGUCCAGCGCCGGGUCCAGCAGCUCGUCCUCAGUGAGCAGCAACUCCUCCCUGGCCUCUGCCAACGGGCUGGCCCACUCGGCCUCGGCCCACGCCACCUCCCCCGGCCUCAUCAGCAUUCCGGCCAGCCAACUGCCGCCCUGGUCGGCCUCGGCCGCCACCUCGCCCGUCAGCAUCAAGACGUCCCCGCUGAAGCACCUCAAGCUGUCGCCCCGUUCCGGCAGCUGUCCGUACCAGCCCGUGCUCUCCAUGUCCGCGCCCGGCACCGCGUACAAAGUGCCCGGCUCGCCGACGCGAAAGGUCCGCGGCGACACCAAGAAGUGCCGCAAGGUGUACGGCAUGGAGCACCGAGACCAGUGGUGCACGCAGUGCAAGUGGAAGAAGGCGUGUACGCGUUUCGGCGACUAAGUCCCGUCCGCGGCCUCCGCGCCCUCCGCGCCCUGGUCCCGGCGUCCAGGUCCCCGUCAGCGCUAGCAGAGCUCUGCAGCGGUCCAACCAGUCGGGGACCGUCAUCGGGGACGGUGGGGUCUCCGGCCUACGCCCUCGGGGUGGGGGAGAGGGGACCCCUCCGAGCUGCCGUCCCGUCCAGUUCCCUGGGGAGUAGCGUGUCGCGGCGGACGGGCAGGGGCCUCGGCCUUCAGCAGGAUCGCCCUGCCUCGCCGCGCGCCACCGCCACUCCCGGGCUGCCUCGACGGCCACCCCAGCCCAGCCAUGGCCCAGCCCAGCGCGGCCCAGCCCAGCGCGGCCCCGAUGAUGUAAUGAUGCACAACUCACUGCCAGUACAGGAAGGGAAAGACUCUCAAAGACUUAAGUACAGGCAUUCAAUGGGACGCGGAGACAGCUCCGCGUCAUGCCCAAGGCCAUGCCGCUAGCUCCAGUGUCACCCUGUCACCUGCCAGUCACAUGUGACGAAUCCAUCGCCACCUCGUCACUACCAGCGCCGUAGCAAGUGUUGCUUUUAAUCGAGGACGAUUUGUAUUUGUGUUAUUUUCGUUUAUGUUUCAAAUUUUUAAUUUGUUUUUGUUAUUUGUUUCUGUGCUGAUGGUUUUCCUCGCCUUUUGACACCGAAGGGCGAGGUCUCAUUAUUUAUUAUUGUUUGAUGAUCGUACCUUCAGAGAAUGUGAUGUCACAUGACAUGCAGAUUUCUGCUUUUGCAACAAAUUUCAUUCUGUACCAAAUCAGUUUUCAAAUUUUAAUUUUUUUACUAAAUGAGAAUAUAUUUUAUAAAGUACCUACAUGGGAACAUAAUCACAGCUAAUUUUACUUUGAAGUCUAUUUUUAUAGCCGGAAAACUACUGUGUGCAUUGACUUGGUCUUUCUGAGCUGAGAGCGCCGUCUUCCAGCGGCUAAGUGACAAUCUCUUUGGCAGCAGGUCUCCUCAUGAGCCCUGGUUACAGAUGAUAACAAAAUGUGACUACUUAAAUUUUCCACUUACAAGCAAGAGUGAGUGAUCCAUUGCUGAGCAUCUUCAAUGGAAGCUAUGGAUGGGUCCUGGUAAUGUCACAGUUUUUUAUUGUCCCACCUGUCAAAGUUCAUGUGGUUCUAUUAAAAUAAGCCUUACAUGUAAAUUGAGUGCUUAUACAGUAGCAGGCUUUGGUCAGUUUGUUUCAUAGCUGGGCACAUGUUCUGUAUCUCAACACGAAUUACAUGCAUGUGAUCAAAGUGAAGCAAGUGUGAGGUGGGAGGGGAGUGGAAAUUCAAGAAAAAGGCAUUGCCAAUCUUCAGUUUAUUACUCCAUCUCUUCUUUGAAUCUAAGUCAAGUGAUCUCCUGAUCAUGUUUAACAGGCAGUGCCAACUUUUGCACACUGUGCAUUUUGGAACACUUGUCUGUACUGAAAAAUCUUUUAGAAUCUAUCAUGUAUUUACCGAGUCUUAAAUUAUUACUAUCUGGCUUCCUUUUUAAAGUGUACAUUCCCAUUUACUCCUUUCCAGAGGAAUAGUUGUCCUGCUGAUUGGUUUAAUCUGUGCAGGCACUUAUUCAUCAAUUGUAAUCUUUAGUGCCUGCUUUUGCAUUAUCAGAUCCCAGUUACAUGUGUACUUACAUCAAAUCAACUAGUCACCUCACAAAUCAUGCUGUUUUUAUUUUUCAGAAAAGCUAAAAUCCAGAAAAAUAUAUUGUGCCAAGAAAAAUAUUUCUAAGCUAACCCGGCCCAUUUCGGCUCAUAUACUAGUCAAAGCCCUGCUCUGAUUCGUCAAUUCCAGUAUGACAUUUCGUUAUUGGCGAUGGGAGCAAGAGAAUCAGAGUAAUUGUAAAUACUCGCAAUGCAACUCAAUCAACAGUUACCUUUUUAUUUUUAUCUUCAAGUGAUUAAUACUGUAUGAAACUUCGUAGUGUAUGUGCGGCAAGAGUUAGAGCAAGAAAUGAAUUGGUGUUCAAAUCUCAAGUGAUAACCACAUAGCUGUUCAUUUGUUGAUCCUUGUAGUAUGCCAUUUCAAGAAAGUUGAAACAGGUUGUGAUUAUUAGUUUUCUUUGUAUUUUGAAAAAAUUUCUUUUGAAAUGUUGCAUUGAAAUUAUAAACAAAAAUAACGUGAGGUGAAAGGCUCUCUUCUACUUUUUUUUUAGUAUGAUUCGGCAAAUGCCGUUAUCGAAUUUAAUAUGGGUUUUGAAAGAUCUCAUAAUUUAUGAUUUACAUAACGCUGCAAAAUCUGUGUACAGUGCUUGUGGAGUUGAUUUAAAGAUGUUAUCUGCUUCUUGUUUACAGAACUAGAGCAAUGUGUUAUGUAGGAGCAGCUAUGUCAAGUGGCACCCUUUCAACUUUCAUUCCUUUCUUUGGUACAGCUUCCAUUUUUUUAAAGCCCAACAUUUGGCUGGUCCUAUGUUAAGUCUUUUUAUCAUUUCCCUCAAUUUCUUUUAUUAUGAAUUUUAAUUUUCCAGAAGAUUUUAUCAGAGCAGUUUUGUUUCACAGCAUAUGUCUCGGAGCGCUGGUAGCUUCUGCAUUUCUGUUAAACCUUUUGCUGAAUGGUUGCUGUAUCAAAGGAAAGUAAUUGUUAACUGACAGUGUCUUUGGUCUAUAUAUGAAGUAUUAUGAAGAGUCAGUUUGUGUACAAUUGCUUGAAAUGAAAUGUCCUCAACUAUACCAUGGAGCGCUGGGAGCUCCCUGGCGAGAAGGCUAUGAUAUAUGAAAGGGUGCCCUGUUGUGUCACAUGUCAUCCGUACAAUAUUGUUCAUCGUGCAAAAGCAAUCUUCAUCUAUCAGGGUUCUUCUAAACAUUUUAAUUUACCAGCAGAAAAUCAAAUGACUGCUCUAUUUUUUUUAUCAAAAGACUCAAAUAAAAGAUGGAGGAUCACAAAGAAUUUUGUGGGAUACAUCUUUUGGCGUCAGCUAAAUGGAGCCACAGUGCCCUCUUCGUUUGCAAUGCGCCACCCCAACGAAAGUAUUACACUGUGCGGGGUUCUCCCUGGAUGGUAUCAUUUUUAUCAAGAAACACCUUUAUUUCACUUUCUAGCUUUAAGUUAAUUACCACGUCAUUAUAUUAUUAAAUAUUUAAUAUAUUUGUUACAUGUAUAUACAUAUAUAUAUAUAUAAAUGCAUCUACCUACUAUAAAUGUGUAUAUAUAUAUUAUGAUAUUUUAGAGAAAGAGUAGGUCUGUGAUGAGUGACCAUUGUACAGUGUAAAAUUUAUCAGAGAGGUAUAUAUCUAUAAUUAUAUAAAUGUAUAUAUUCAUAUAUAUAUUUAUGUACAGGUAUGCAUGUGUGGGGUGUGCAAGAUUAACAAACUUGUAAAAAGCCUUUGUAUGUACCUCAAUGAAGUACAGUCUCGCUCUGUUAGCGUAAUCACAAAAGGAUUAUGUUUGCAGUCUGAAUGCUUUCUGUCAGAUGAUUGUUGAACUGGCUAACUCCAUACAUGUAUGCCUUGAAAUUAGAUAUAUAUGUGUAUAUGUAAGUUGAGAAAGGUUUAUAUCCACACACAAAUGUGUAUAUAUCUAAAUACAAGUAUUUAUAUAUAUACAUUUAAGUUGUGUGAAUGUGUUGAUAAAGAUUAUAUAACAUAGCCAAUAAUGGAUCUCAUUUAUAAAUACCCAAAAAAUACACUGAACAUGCAAGUACAACAACCCAUAAGAAAGAGGGUAGAAUUUAUUGUUACAUUGUAGGCCAUUUACAAGAACAUACAUGUAUGCUACUAGCUGAGAAGUAGUUGUUUAGACUUCACAUUUUAAACAUAUAUUCAUAUAGAAAUCCAGCUGAUUUUGUUGUAUUAAUUUGUUGAAGACUAAAGUGCCAGAUAGGUAUUGCUAAAAUGCACAUCUUUUCAAAGUAUUCAGUGUGGGCAACAUUGCCUUUGAACCGUUCUGGAAUCUGCAAUGUUAAAUUGAUCACCAUCUGCCUUGUCUCAUGAGUGGCAAAAAUAUUCAUAGUGUAAAAUCACUUGCUGCUCAAGCAAUGGUGUUGUACUGGAAUUUGAAAUGCCUUUUUGCUGUGAAAGAUUAAAUAUGUUAUAUUACUUACGCUCUGUAUGCUUAAAGUUUGUUGUCAAAUUAUGUUGCUUGUUUGUCGUUUAUGAGAAAAGAUCUUAAUAAUUGUUACCAUAGCUGAUAAUACAGCUGUAUAAACCAGUUAACACAUCCAUUUCUUAUUUAAUUGACUCGGCAAUAUACCAGCAGGAGUAUUUUGAUAGAAAUAAAUAUAUAUUAUAUAUAUAUGUAUACCUAUAUGUACGUUGAUUAAAUUUUCAUCUUUAUUUAUGAAAAGGUUUUGAUGUAUAUCUUUGGUACCAGAAGGCCUUUUAAGUAAGCAUGUUAUCACUAAGUUAGCCAAGCAGAUGAGUGCAUUCACACAAUGCUCAAGCAGGGCUUUGUGUGUAGUCGGCGUAAGUCAUUUGCUGGAAUCCACUUGCAACCAUUCGCCGUCAGACAGUUGAACAUUUCUCUUUAUCAAUUGAAUCAUUCAUUUAUUGCCAAGUAAGUUAUUAAAAGUUGAACAUUCAAUUUAUUGGGUCUGGCUACUUAAUUACCAUACUCUAGGUAUGACAAUAAAAAAAUUUCCGCCCUUCACUGCCUAUGGUGUGGAAAGAUAUGGUGUGUAUUGUAAAGGCAUUACUGAAAGUUUGCAAUAAUUUUUGACAAAGUUCAUUUUUUCAGUGCCAUGAACUGUUGACCUAGGCAAAGAUAUGGGAGGGCUCUCCAAUAUUUGCCUUACUUUUGUUUCCUUUUGUUACCAAUAGUGCUAUUUUUUAAAUUCAAAACUGAGCAAAAUGUUUUGAUGGCUUAUCUUCAUUGUUAUUGCAUCACAAUGCCAAAUCGAGUCGCAUGCUUUCCCUUUCAAGACUGCUCAGGUCUCUCCUGGUUUUGCAAAGAACAGAGCUAGAAGUGGUCCUGCCAAACUGUACCAAAAAUCUAUGCAGCAAUAUGAGGGUUUACUGCCCUCCCUGCCAAUAUUUGAACAAUUUAUGUUCUUAAUCUUCCAAAUGGCAAACUAAAUUGUGUAUUAUAAGGAAACUAGGUUUAACAAUUAAAAUUGAAUUAAUUUCUUUGUUUCCAAAAUCAGAUGGAUUUCGUGAGUCUGUGGGGAAUUGAAUUAAAUACUGCUUCUGGUUUGGAAUAAUGGACAUAAACUGAGUAUACAGCAGCAAUAGAAUCUCAGCACUUUGAACUGUGUCAUGACCUGUUUUGACUCUGGUAAUUCUUGUUCAGCAUAUUUUUUCCCACCAUUAAAUUUUCAUUCUUUGUUCAAGUAGCUUCUUUGGCUCUUUGGAAUGAUAAAUUAAUCUCAGACGACAAUCAAUUUUGUUUCAUCACCACUUCUUUCCUUAAGUUUGUUUGUCUGGUAUGCACUCCUUUACUGUGAUCUGGCAACAUUGUAGCCGUUGUAGUGCAGCUAUCACCCCUCUGACCGCUGUUCAAAUCUUGCCUUAUUUUUUCCCCUUUCUCUAUCCGUCCGCCUCUUGUUUUCUUGUAGCCCUGGCUAUAUGUUCUGCACUUCUCUAUACUGUCAGGUCUGUCUGUGUUGUUUUCUUGUUAAGUCUCUGUUUUCAUUGACAGCAAAAGAGUGUGUUAGUUGUCUUCAACCCUGUUGGGCUUACAAUGUUGUUCUAUUAUAUUAGUUCAUAUAUUUUAUAAUGAUUGAAUAAUAUAUUUUUAUCUUCAAUAUAUAAUAUACAUACAUAUAUAUACUCCUAUAUAUAUAUCUAUGUAUAUGAAUAUAUGUAUCGCUUACAUUUUGAUGUUUGUCAGUGUAUUCACUAUCGUUCAAUCAGUUAUUAUAGGCAUGUAACUUGUUCAUAACUUGUAAUGGUGGUUUAAGAAUGGUAUUGCAUUUUGUUACGAAUGGGAGCAUGUUUCUGGAUGAAUUGGAAUGAAAUGGAUUAGUCGUUCUGCUUGUUCAUUUUGUUUGUCCGUCAGAAGAAAGUAAAAACCUAUCCAGGGAAAUAGUUGAAGGAGAAACGAGUGGAAAAGAAAUGCAUUCUAUGCAUCAACUAAUUUCUAUAAUGAUUUGUUGGCUAUGGUUUGAGAUGAGCUUCUAAAGUGUUCAGUUGUAAAUGGUAUAUACUGAUGAAGCUGGAAAGUUGGAGCCUCGAUAGUGAUUUCAAGUUAAUGAACCAGUUGGAAACUAUGUUCUUUUCUUUGGCUGAAUUUUUACUUUGAAUUUGUUUCAUGGUUUACCAUUGAGAGCCACAGCUUGCAAUUCGAUCUUGUCUAAACUGCAGGACUAAGUGGUUUCCACACAAUACGUACUUGAUGCAUGCGCACAAUCUGCUGGGACCUAGGGCACGUUAUUCCUCUACUUGCACUUGUACCAAUAACUACCACAAGUGAAGAAGAUCAAUAAUACAUGAUAACAAGUGCCUGUUUCCUGUGCAGACCUAGACUUGCAACAUUCUUAUCAAAGCGUUAAAUGUGAUAUUUAAAACUUGUUUGUAAAUCAGUAUAGAGUGUAACAUAAAUUUUACCAACUCUAUUAGUUUUUAAAACAUAUAUUUUCUUAGAUUUAGCAUCAUACCUGAUUGAACGCCUUUCUCAUUAAUGGCUACUUUCCUUAAAUUUUGUUUUGUGCUGGACAAAUUCAAUCACAACCACCAAAUCUCAUCUCAGGAAAAUAAUACCAUCAAUUCCAUCAUGUAAUAUAAAAGUUAAGAUGAUAAAUCAGCUAUUUCCCUGUAUACUUACAGUGUAAUAGAUAUAUUAGAAUACGAAUGAAUAUUUGAAGUACGUAUUUUUCUUUUGAUUCUGGAUAAAUAAAUACUAGAAAUGUAUUAGAUGUUUACAAGUGUAGCAACUUCCUAUUGAAUCGGGAAGAACCGUGUAAAAUUAGGCAUAUGUACAUCUCUGUACAUCAUGAUCUGUAAGCGACAGCAGAUAGUAAAUUAAUCAAAAGUCUGCUGCAUCUUAUCUGCUACUUCUCUUCAAAGCGCCUUUAGUCAUUUUCUUUUUCUGGAUUCUAAAUGCUUCUUGUAUCAUAAGUUCCUUCCCUAAAAAAUAGUUGAUUGUGAAAUAUCAACCAUAAUUUCACAUGUUCUUUAGAGUAAGUCUUCAAAAUGGAGUACAUUUUGACAGGAGAUUGUCAAAUGAGUGGUGGAGAAACUGCUGUGUCUGGCAGUUAGUUGUUCUCUUUAGCUUUAUGUUUCAUCCCAAGUGAAAGAAUACUCGAUAAAUUACUUGCCUCACGGUGUUGACUACAAUGAUGCAAAAAUAUUAAUAUAUUUGUAAAUCUUAAACCCAUCUUGCUGGACUUCAGAUAUACAUUCAUGUUUUUUUUUUUCUGAAUCUUUAGGUUCUCAGAAUAUUAUAUCAGUUAUGUGUAUAUUGAGGAAUCGUAUCCUUUAUAAAUGUAAAAAGCUAUACAGUUUUAUUAUUAAAAUUUUAUGUGUAAAUCA